GAGCUCGGUGUGUGCAGAGCAGCAGCCCGGCAGGGCAGAGCACCAGGCUAAAGGCUAAAGCAGCUCACAGGCUGCAGUCCCCGGAUGAAACCAUCAUGGCUGCCACUCGCUGAGCUGUCAAGCGCUCCACAAAAGAAAAAGAAAUCUGCAAAACCAUGGAUUCGGUGGAUAUUUGCGCAGCUACCUCCACAGGAGAUAACAAACGGCGCCCCAAAAAGAACAGAGAUUGGCACAAACGGCUGCACCUCAGGAAGGCAGCCGCUCAGCCCCCAGCUAUGCAACGCGCAGAUAAGCGUGGACCAAAGAAGACACCAGCAGCGUGGAAGCAGAGCACAGUGUGGCCUUCAUCACAGCAGGCCCCCCAAGAAGCACAACAAAGUCACCAUAGGACAAAUGACAGCAGAAAUACACUCAGGUUCACAUGCUCUCAAUGCAAGGACAACUUGGAAUAUGUUCCCAAAGACUUGGUGAGACAUUUUGAGGAAAAACACAGAGGGAGCCCGCCAGUGUUUUCCUGUCAUAUGUGUACUUUUAGUACACACGAGUUCUCCUACCUUCAGGUUCAUCUGUUAAGCCACAAAGACACUUUUUCUAGUUGCUGCAUUUGUAAUGACAAUGUUGAACGCACAUGGGCUGAAUUCAGUGCACACCUGACUCUGUGCCACUGUCCCAAUGGCAAAUACUCAUGUGAAGUGUGCCAGAAAUUCUCCACAGGUGACGCUACAGUAUUUUUAGAGCACGUGUAUGCACAUAAUUUGGACAUGGAAGGAGCUGAGGAUGUUGAUCUACCGCUGCACACAAAGGACAAGAAUCAGCUGUCAACCACUCAGACUUUACGUUGUCAACACUGUACCUAUGAGGCAUCUCAUAAGUGGUUGAUCACAAAGCACAUUAAAGCUGUCCAUGCUUGCCAGAAUAGUAACCUGAGGCGGAAGAAGAAGGGGGUUCAUUCUGUAGAAGUGAAUCCAAAUGAUACUAUUCCCAAAAUGAAGCCCCGAUUAACAAGAAGUGCAGUUAGGGAAAUGUGCUGGCUGACACAGGACUGCCUUUCUCUGCCAGGGAGAGAAUUCUUAGAUAAAUACUGCCAUCUGUCAGAUCCACAAACAACACUUGAGGAGACGCAACAGUUUUUGAUGAAAUCAGUCACAGGGGAAACCGGUGACCAGAAAUGGACCAAGGCUCUUAAAACUGUUUUGUCAAAUGUCCCUCAAGAUAUGAAUCUUCACCCCAAGUCAGAGAAUGGCAUCAUGUCGAACUCGUCAGAUCUCACUGUCCUUACAGUAAAGAACAAGAUAACUGUAGCUCAGAACGGUGCUGCUUAUGCGAAAAGGUUGAAAAUGAUGUCGGAGGAAGCUGUUUCUCCAGAAAGUGCUGCUGAUGAUGCUCAGUGUGCAGUCGACCAAAAUGGAUGUCAGUCAAAUUUGAACGAUCAUGCAUCCUGUCCACAGGCUGAAAACAAACUACACAAUGAUGUUUCACUGUCGGUCUAUAGUGAGCCAUGCACUCAAAUGCAGGAAAACAGGGAGAAUCAGGAACUAAAGACUGAUCUGGAAAUAGUGGAACAUAGUAAAAAACUGGAGGGGCCUAUGCAGGGUGAUGGGAUUCUUAUAUCCAGUGAUCUGAAGUUGACAAAUGACAGUGAAGAGCAGACAUCCAUUCAUAAAGCCCUACCAAAAAUCAAGAGACGAAAACGACGACGGAAAAGAAGGACCAGAUUUAAAAAAACGGAUAAAAAAUCACCAGGACUGCCCUUAAAGAUUGUUUUGAAGAAGAACCCUGUGAAGGAGAAGCAGUGGGUGUCUCAAAGCUCUUUGUCUCCAUCAGAAGGUGGUUCAGUGGAUGGACAUUGUGGACUCUCAAAUCCUCAUACAGCAAUGGAGGAGGUGGUACAGAUUCUUCCAAAAGUGCAGCCACCAGAAGCACAUCAGAAGAAAUGGAUUAAAGGUUCCAAGACUGAUCUUCUUGACUCAUCUGAAGCUGUUAGUUCAAUCCUACAAUUAAGGCCAGGAGAAGAACUCACCCCAAGCUGCGCUGCAGACCUUACGGGAUCUGAGAAUAUGACUACAAACAGGCCUGUGGUGCUUGAAGGCUUGCCGUCAACGUGUCAAGAAAUGCAAGAUGACGAAGAGAAAUCACUGCAGCUGUUGCAAACUGAAGUUGACAAGAGCACAAGCCAGGCAAAUCUGAGAGCUGCAUCAGUGACUGAAGAAGAGAUGUACCCCGAGAAAGUGCAGUUCCAAACAUCACACAGUGGCACCGACUGCCAUGUGUCAGACAAAAAGAGUAGUUCACCCGCUCAUGAAGUGACUCCUCACAGCAGCAGCAUGUCUUCCCCCUUUUCCAAACGUGUUACUGCACCACAGGGUGAGGUAAACAUUGAAGACUCCUGCCUUGCUCUCUCUGCAGAGCAGAGUAGCCAGAGUGUUGAAGGGAUGGCAGACAGAGAAGUGCCCCUGGACUCCUGCCCAGAUCUCCUCAGCAGCAUCCAUUUGUCCCCAGGUAAAGCCAUCCAACAGGAGCCCUCGCCAGCCUCUGGGCAUCGGUGGCAGCCGGUCCCAAAAGACGUGGAGAGGACCCUGAAGUUAGUAGCCAUAAAUCCCUCUCAGCUGGUAAAGCGUCCAGCAGGAGACCAGCCUGUUGUGGUGCUAAAUCAUCCAGAUGCUGACAUCCCCGAGGUGGCCAAGAUCAUGGAGGUCGUCAACAGGUACCGAGGAGAGGUGAAGAAGGUCGUACUGUCACGCAGGACUCUGAACGCUCUCUCAGCUUUGAACAGAGAGGCCUCUAGGACAAACGAUCCAAAGGAUGCCCAAGCUGAAACUGCGUGGCAGGGUAAAAGCUCUGUACAGGAGAGGUUCAGUUUGAAGUUGAAACUUCGUAGGUUGACAAGGAAAAAGUACGAAGUGGUUGGUGCUGUUUCUCCCAGCAGGGAUGUCGAGUUGAAGUUUCGCUGCUGGUUUUGCGGCAGGGCCUUUACAAGCCAGCAAAUGUGGAUGACCCAUCGGCAGCGACAUCUGAUGGAGUGGAAAAGGCCAAACUGUGAAAACUCUUAAAUGUCGCACACACUGGAUGAAAAAUAGCCUGGAAAAAGGUGACUUUGCAAUAUAACAAAACAAUAAUGGAACCAUUUUUUUAAAGUCUUAAUUAUGAUUGGUUGUUUGUUUUGAGGAGAAUCAAAUCACGCUUCCUGGAGGGUUCACAUUCUCAGGGUAAUUUUAAUUUUACCUAUUGUCCCUCUCCCUGUCUGAGUAGCUUGACACAGACUCUUUGUAGAUGAGUCAUUAUUUGUAAAGCCACAUGGAUGUGGUGCUGAUAAUUUAGUUCUUUGAAUUGCUUGUAUUUUGUCUACGCAAUAGCUUUAUUUAAGGUGAUUUAAGUACACUGUCGUAUGGAAUUUUUAAUAGAACACUGUAAUAUGUAUAUUUGCCAUACCAUCUCUUUUAUGGAUCAGUUUAUGUACGGGUAGGCUAUGCAGUGUGGUAGCUGUCAUAUUUAUGUUUUUGGAAUGGGACACAGAGACCCACAAGUUACUCAGAUAUACCAAAACUGUGUGUAAAGAAGACAAUAAGCUGUUUUAUUCAACAUUUAUUUAUGACUCUUAUGUUUAGUCUUUAUAUGCUUCCUUUAUGCUUUUUUUGGGCCAUUAGAAGAAUUAGUAUAUUUGUAAUUUCUUUGUUUGUAUAAACUCCAAAUUAUGUUGAAAUGUAGUGAAGACGUAUAUUUUCAUGCAUGUAUCCAGUGGGUGCUGUUAUCUCCGAAGACACGACAAAUUUUAAAAAGUAAUCGUGUGUUUUGUGAUGUCAGUGACACACCGACUAAAUCAUUUCAUAUGAAAUCUGGAUUUUUUCGACAUCAAGAGGCCUAGAUGAUUUGAUCAUGUUUUCUUUUCCUUUAGUGGGUUUCCUCUUUUGACUUGAAAUGAUGAUAAACUUAUCUUUUAAUUGCACUAUGAAAGGAGGAUUUAUAUUUCCUGUUACCUCACCUUAUCAGGCCUAAGCCUACGACAAUCUCAACCAGUGUCCUUCUGUGGCUCCACAUUUCUUUAUGCAGCCGUGAUCCCUCAGUAUCCACACCAUGGGAACUGUGGCCCCUGUGUGUAUGUGCGUUUGUCAGUCAAGGACCAUUGGACAGAUGUACCUAAAUUGUGCAUGAAUCCCUGUUUCUGGAGUGUCUGUAAUACUUUUUUUCAAUUUAGAUGAAAGAUUUAUAAUUGUACAUACUCCCGCUAGAGGUACUGUAAAAUAUUACCUGAGAAUUUUCACCAAGUGCCUGGAAUUUAUUGUUAUGCAACAAAUGUGCAUGAGUAUGAAAGCAUUACUUGUUGAACAGAGAAUAAAUGAAUCCGUUUGUCA